UUAUUUUUCUUUAGUAACAAUUCAAGAUCAAGAAGGAAGAACAACAGAAACUAUCUUUUUGAUGCUUCUUGCCUCCUGGUCCACAGCCUGCAGUGAUGAGGGUUUGACAGUCCAAAGAAAUGCCAGCAGGUAAUCAAACCCCAGAGUGUCAGGGAUCCCAGGAGCCAGAGAAGGCAGGUGUAGAGUCUGAUUUGCAUAGCCCCGCCCUUCCUGGGAAAGAGGAACCAGCUAUGGAUAUAAGGGGCAGCUGACUCCAGAGGCAAGGCUGCAGUCAGCGUACAAUCCUAGCUUCAGGAUGCCGUGGAAACUUGCCAAUACCCCCAUCUGGAGGCUGGACAGAUUCAUACAGGAUCACCUCCUUCCUGACACCACCUUCCUUACUGAGGUCAGAGCAGACAUUGACUUUAUAUGUGCUUUCCUGACUGAGAGAUGCUUCCAAGGUGCCACCCACCCUGUGAGGGUCUCUAGGAUUGUGAUGGGCGGCUGCUACGAUGAAUACUCCAUGCUCAAGGGAAGGUCAGAGGCCACCCUGGUGGUGUUCCUUAACAAUCUCACCUGCUUUGAGGAUCAGUUAAAGCGACGAGAAGAGUUCAUUGAGGAAAUUUGGAAACACCUGUGCCAGUUGCAGCAAGAGAAACAGUUUAAACUGAAUUUUGAGUUCCAGACCUCAGAGCAGGCCAACUCCAGGUCUCUGAGCAUCAAGCUGAGCUCGCCCCAGCUCCAGCAGGAGGUGGAGUUUGAUGUGCAGCCAGCCUAUGAUGUCCUGUAUGCUUGGAGAUACAACAAGUACCUUGAUCCCAGAAUCUACAACAAAAUCUACGCCAGCCUCAUCCGUGAGAGCACCAACCUGGAUAAGGAGGGCGAGUUCUCCGUCUGCUUCACAGAGCUCCAACAACACUUCCUGAAGCAUCCUGGACAUAAGAUGUGGAAUCUCAUCCGCCUGGUCAAGUACUGGUAUCAACUGUGUAAGGAGAAGCUGGGGGAUUUGCUGCCCCCACAGUACGCCCUGGAGCUGCUCACGGUCCAUGCCUGGGAACUGGGGAUUGAAAACACCUGUGAGCUAUACAUAGCCCGGGGCUUCCGAAGUGUCUUAGAACUGAUCAUCAAAUAUCGGUGUCUCCUAAUCUUCUGGACAUUGUGUUAUGACUUUAAUCACAAUGAGGUCUCUGAGUACCUGAACAAACAACUCCAAAAAGACAGGCCCGUGAUCCUGGACCCUGCUGACCCAACAAGGAACGUGGCUGGUUCAAACCUCCAGGCCUGGCACCUGCUGGCAGAAGAGGCUGGGGCCUGGGUGCAGUCGUCUUUCUUUAGGAACAGCGAUAUGUCCCUUGUUCACAGUUGGAAAGUGCCGGUGAGACCCUUGUCCCCUUGUGCACAGCUCCGGUCACUCCAUCUGUUCAGAGAAUAUUUUCAUAGAAACCAUAUGGUAGGAGAAACAGAUAUCUCCCAAGAUGACCUCUGACCUUAAUCUCUGUGCUGUUACACAUGUGGGUAUACACACAUGUGUACAGGUGCACCCAGACAAACAAGAUACGUAGGCUCUGAGAGCUGAAGCCACUGGCUCAGGGACACUCAUCUAGUGAUUGGCUGGGCUAGAAUUCUGUGGACUCUGACGCCACUGUCAGGUCCACGAAGUAUUUUGUCUUUCCUGUCUCAUUUCAUGUGGCUAGACUCAGGGCCAUCCCACAACCACAGCCACACAGAGGUACCUACACUUGGACCUUUCCCCUCCUGGGGCAGGGUCUGCCGGAUG